AUGGAGGAUCCCAUCCAGCUGAAAGAGGAGGGCAAUAAAUAUUUUCAGGCCAAUGACUACGAGAAAGCUGUUCAAAGCUACACUCAAGCCAUAAAGCUCAACAAGGACAAGGCGCUGCAGGCAGUGCUGUACAGGAACAGGGCAGCGUGUUUCCUCAAAAAGGAGGAAUAUGCCAAGGCAGCUUCAGAUGCAUCUAGAGCUAUUGACAUCAAUGCUUCAGAUAUCAAAGCCUUGUACCGGCGCAGCCAAGCUCUAGAAAAAUUGGGGAAAUUGGACCAAGCAUUCAAAGAUGCUCAGAAAUGUGCCACCAUUGAACCCCGCAACAAAAACUUCCAGGAGACCCUGAGGCGACUGGGGGCCAACAUCCAGGACAAGCUACGCAUUCAGUUCUCCACGGACUCGAGGGUACAGAAGAUGUUUGAAAUCCUGCUGGAUGAGAACAGUGAGAAAGAAAAGCGAGAAAAGGCUGCAAACAACCUCAUCGUCCUGGGGCGGGAGGAAGCGGGUGCCGAGAGGAUUUUCCAGAACAACGGGGUCAGCUUGCUGCUGCAGCUGAUAGAAACCAAAAAUGCUGACCUGAUCCUGGCAGCUGUCAGGACGCUUUCGGGCAUGUGCACAGGACAUAAGGCUCGUGCUACCGCCAUUCUCCAUUACCUGGGCAUCGACAACAUUUGCAUGUGGAUGUCUGUAGACAAUGAAGAAAUCUCCCUGGCUGUCUGCAACCUCCUGCAGACCAUCACUGACUGCUUGUUGGGCCAAGGGAAAGAGGAGCAUCACGGGAAGGAGGAGGCCGUAGUGCUAGAUACUAAAAAAGAUUUGAGGAUGAUCACAAUGCGUUUGCUGGAUAUGCUGGUCAGUAAGGAAGUAUCUGGGCAGGGACGAGACCGAGCUCUCAACCUCCUCAACAAGAAUAUACCGAGGAAAGACCUGAAGGACCAUGACAACAGCAGGACCAUCUUUGUCAUCGACAAUGGCUUAAAAAAGAUACUGAAAGUGGUGGGCCAGAUUCCUGAGAUGCCUGACAGUCUGCCGCUGACAGAGAACACCCAGCUGACUGCCUCCGUCCUCCUAAAUAAACUUUAUGAUGACCUGCGCUGUGACCCAGAGCGUGACAACUACCGGGUGAUCUGUGAGGAGUACAUCAAGAGCAAAAUUGACCCACAGGACAUGGAUAAGACACUCCAUGCCAUCCAGAUGGUGUCUGGAGUUCUGCAAGGGCCCUUUGACUUGGGCAACAAGCUGCUUGGCAUGAAGGGAGUCAUGGAGAUGAUGGUUGCCCUGUGUGGGUCCGAGAGGGAGAUUGACCAGCUGGUGGCUGUAGAAGCCCUCAUCCAUGCCUCCACUAAGCUGAGCCGGGCCACCUUCAUCAUUUCCAAUGGGGUGACGCUCCUGAAGGAGAUCUACAAGAAGACCAAGAAUGAGAAGAUCAAAAUCCGAGCCCUGGUGGGUCUCUGCAAGCUGGGCUCAGCAGGAGGUACAGAUUAUGGACUGCGGCAGUUUGCUGAGGGCUCCACUGAGAAGUUAGCCAAACAGUGCCGAAAAUGGUUGUGCAACACUAGCAUUGAUGCCCGGACCAGGAAGUGGGCUGUGGAAGGGCUGGCGUAUCUAACCCUUGAUGCAGAUGUGAAAGAUGACUUUGUUGAAGAUGAGCUAGCCCUGCAAGCUAUGUUUGAAUUAGCCAAGACAAGUGACAAGACUAUCCUGUAUUCUGUGGCUUCUGCACUGGUGAACUGUACCAACAGCUAUGAUACCAAGGAGCUGGUCCCAGAGCUGGUGCAGCUGGCAAAAUUCUCCAAGCAGCAUGUGCCUGAGGAGCAUCCAAAGGAUAAGAAGGAUUUUGUGGUGAAGCGGGUGAAGCGGUUGCUGAAAGCUGGCGUCGUCUCUGCCUUGGCCUGCAUGGUGAAGGCAGACAGUGCCAUACUGACAGACCAGAGCAAGGAGCUCAUCGCCAGGGUGUUUCUUGCCUUGUGUGAAGACCCCAAGGACCGUGGGACUAUUGUCGCUCAAGGUGGUGGAAAGGCCCUGAUACCUCUGGCUGUGGAAGGCACAGAAGUUGGCAAGAUAAAGGCUUCUCACGCUCUGGCGAAAAUUGCUGCAAUCUCCAAUCCAGACAUGGCAUUCCCGGGAGAGAGGGUGUACGAGGUGGUGAGGCCCCUUGUCAGCCUGCUGAACACUGAGAGGGAUGGCCUCCAGAAUUACGAGGCUCUGUUAGGUCUCACUAACUUUUCAGGAAGAAGUGAUAAACUUAGGAUGAAGAUAGUCAAAGAGAGGGCCCUGCCAGAUAUUGAAAACUAUAUGUUUGAGAAUCAUGACCAACUUCGGCAGGCAGCCACAGAGUGCAUGUGCAACCUGGUGGUCAACAAGGAGGUGCAAGAGCGUUUUGUGGCUGAUGGAAAUGACCGGUUGAAGUUGGUGGUGCUACUGUGUGGUGAGGAUGAUGAGAAAGUCCAGGUUGCAGCAGCCGGAGCCCUGGCCAUGCUUACAGCAGCACAAAAGAAACUCUGCUCUAAGAUGACUGAAGUGACCACCCAGUGGCUUGAAAUCCUGCAGAGGCUCUGCUUGCAUGAUAACAUGAAAGUACAGCAUCGAGGGCUGGUCAUUGCUUUCAACUUAAUCAGUGCUGACAAAGAGCUAGCGAAGAAGCUGGUGGAGUCAGAGCUCCUAGAGAUCCUGACAUACAUCGGCAAGCAAGAAGAUGACCCCAAAAAGCAGCACAUCAUUAACGUAGCACGUGAUUGCCUCACAAGGUGCAUGGAUUACGGUCUGAUCAAACCUCUAUCUCAGGCAUGAGGAGAUGAAAAGCACCAAAAAGGGCUGAAUGUGGGGAAAAAUGCUACCGAGAAAUGUGGAAAAC